CUGAUAGAGAGAAGGAAGAGUACUAACCUCCCUCCCUCGCCUCUCGCCGCUUAUUCUCGCUUUCUCUCUCUUCAUUUUACGUUUUUUUUUUCUCUUCUCUCUCCUCCUCGUAUAGAGAGAGUCAUCUUGAGGAUUGGAUCCCUGAGUUUCUCCUUGAAUUUUGGUUCUUCUCCGCCUAAUCUCAAAGACUUCGCCGCGGAAGCGGAACAGUUUGAAGCGAUUUGCAUAAUAUAUACGUACUCUCCUCUUUCAUUUCCAGAUUUGUUUUCCUACCUAACCUCCUUACCUACUCCCCCAAUCAAUCGAUUCACCGCUUAGCUGCUCACGAAAUCGUUUGUUUUGAUAAUCUCAGACGGAUCUGAUAUUUGUUUUCACUAUAAACAACAAAAAAAGUAAAAAUAAAGAUCUAGUCUUGAUUUUUUAAACUGCUCUGAAAUUGUUUGCUUCCUAAUAGUUUGAAUUGGGGUGUGGAAAUGUCUGUGGCGUCGAGUUCGAGUUCGGUUUUUCAGGUGAAGAGCAGGGAGGUUCUUGCGCCUUCACCGGCCAAGAGUCUGGUGAGUGGGGUGCCGUUGGGACGUGUGGGUGUAGGAGUGGGCAGGGGAAGGGGCAGGGGUAGAGCUAAGAGUAAGAGGACCAGUUCUGUGCCCAAUAGGGCGAUUGGUUUGGAGAAGGGGUUUUAUGGGACAAAGUUUGGAGCUUUGGGGUCUGAGACUUUGCCUCUUUGGCAAUCAGAUGGGCCUGGUAGAGCACCGAAGCUGCGGAUGGUGGUACGUUCUGCAUUGUCUCAGGUUCCGGACAAGCCGUUGGGUCUCUAUGAUCCAUCCUAUGAUAAGGAUUCCUGUGGCGUUGGAUUCGUUGCUGAACUUUCCGGUCAAAGCAGCCGCAAGACGGUGGCAGAUGCUAUUGAGAUGUUGGUACGGAUGUCCCAUAGAGGCGCGUGUGGCUGUGAGACGAAUACUGGUGAUGGGGCUGGCAUUCUUGUGGCUCUUCCUCAUGACUUUUACAAGGAGGUUGCUAAAGAUGUAGGGUUUGAGCUACCACCACCUGGACAGUAUGCAGUUGGCAUGUUCUUCUUGCCUAAUUCUGUAGGCCGAAGAGAGCAAAGUAAAAUUGUAUUUACGAAGGUGGCUGAAUCACUUGGUCAUACAGUCCUUGGAUGGCGACAGGUCCCAACAAAUAAUUCAGGAUUGGGAAACUCUGCUUUGCAGACAGAGCCUGUCAUUGAGCAAGUGUUUCUUACUCAGACUCCCCGGUCAAAAGUUGAUUUUGAGCGACAGAUGUACAUAUUACGGAGGGUUUCUAUGGUAGCCAUUCGAGCUGCAUUAAACCUCCAAUAUGGUGGUUAUAAAGAUUUCUAUAUAUGUUCUCUUUCCUCAAGGACUGUUGUCUACAAAGGCCAGUUAAAGCCUGAUCAGUUGCAGGAAUACUACUAUGCAGAUCUUGGGAAUGAAAGGUUUACGAGCUACAUGGCCCUGGUUCAUUCUAGAUUCUCAACAAACACCUUUCCUAGUUGGGAUCGUGCUCAACCCAUGCGUGUCUUGGGUCACAAUGGGGAAAUCAACACACUCCGUGGCAAUGUGAACUGGAUGAAGGCUCGUGAGGGUCUUCUAAAGUGUAAGGAGCUGGGGCUUUCUAAGACAGAGAUGAAAAAGCUUUUACCCAUUGUUGAUGCUAGUUCUUCUGAUUCAGGAGCAUUUGAUGGUGUACUUGAACUCUUAGUUUGUGCUGGUAGAAGUCUCCCAGAAGCUGUGAUGAUGAUGAUUCCUGAAGCCUGGCAGAAUGACAAGAACAUGGAUCCUGAAAGGAAGGCUUUGUAUGAAUAUUUCUCAGCUCUCGUGGAACCUUGGGAUGGACCUGCUCUUAUUGCAUUUACUGAUGGACGCUACCUUGGAGCAACAUUGGACCGCAAUGGUCUUCGUCCAGGCCGCUUUUAUGUCACACACAGUGGCCGGGUUGUAAUGGCAAGUGAAGUUGGUGUGGUUGAUGUUGCACCCGAGGAUGUAUCUAGAAAAGGAAGACUUAAUCCUGGCAUGAUGCUUCUUGUGGAUUUUGAAAACCAUGUUGUUGUGGAUGAUGAUGCUCUGAAACAGCAAUAUUCUCUUGCUAGGCCUUAUGGAGAGUGGCUUGCAAGGCAAAAGCUACAAUUGAAAGACAUAGUUGAGUCUGUAACAGAAUCAGACAGGACCCCUCCACCAAUUGCAGGAGUAGUACCCGCAUCCAAUGAUGAUGAGAACAUGGAAACUAUGGGCAUUCAGGGUCUGUUGGCUCCAUUGAAGGCCUUUGGCUACACACUUGAGGCCUUGGAAAUGCUGCUACUCCCAAUGGCAAAAGAUGGGACUGAAGCUCUUGGUUCUAUGGGUAAUGAUGCUCCAUUGGCUGUAAUGUCCAACAGGGAGAAGCUUUUAUUUGACUAUUUCAAGCAGAUGUUUGCUCAGGUUACAAAUCCUCCUAUUGAUCCUAUUAGGGAAAAAAUUGUCACUUCUAUGGAGUGUAUGAUUGGUCCAGAAGGGGAUCUUACAGAGACGACUGAAGAGCAGUGUCAUCGCCUCUCACUCAAAGGUCCUCUAUUGACCAUUGAAGAAAUGGAAGCCAUUAAGAAGAUGAACUACAGAGGAUGGAAGAGCAAGGUUCUUGAUAUCACAUAUCCUAAAGAACAAGGAAGUAAGGGUUUAGAGAAGACCUUGGAUAGGAUUUGUUCUGAAGCACAUGAUGCAAUCAAGGAGGGUUAUUCAACCCUUGUGCUUUCGGACAGAGCCUUCUCAAGCAAGCGUGUUGCUGUGAGCUCCUUGCUGGCUGUUGGGGCAGUACAUCAUCACCUAGUUAAAAAGCUUGAGCGCACUCGUGUUGCACUGAUUGUCGAAUCUGCUGAGCCCCGUGAGGUCCAUCAUUUCUGCACACUUGUAGGAUUUGGAGCUGAUGCUAUUUGCCCUUAUUUGGCUAUAGAAACUAUAUUAAGACUGCAGGUUGAUGGAAAGAUCCCACCAAAGGCUACUGGUCAUUUCCAUACGAAAGAUGAGCUUGUUGAAAAGUACUUUAAGGCAAGCAACUACGGGAUGAUGAAGGUUCUUGCCAAAAUGGGCAUAUCAACUUUGGCCUCUUACAAAGGUGCUCAAAUUUUUGAGGCAGUGGGCCUUUCAUCAGAAGUAAUGGAGCGGUGCUUUGCUGGAACUCCUAGCAGAGUUGAGGGAGCCACUUUUGAAGCACUUGCACAAGAUACACUUAAGUUGCAUGAACUAGCAUUUCCAACACGAGCUCUCCCUGCUGGUAGUGCUGAGGCUGUAGCACUCCCUAAUCCUGGUGAUUAUCACUGGAGAAAAGGUGGUGAGAUUCACCUCAAUGAUCCCCUUGCCAUGGCAAAAUUACAGGAGGCUGCCAGAUCCAACAGUGUUGCUGCCUAUAAGGAAUACUCCAAGCGUGUUCAAGAAUUAAACAAACAAUGUAAUUUAAGGGGUCUUUUGAAAUUUAAAAAGGCAGGAGUUAAACUUCCUCUGGAGGAAGUUGAACCAGCUAGUGAGAUUGUUAAACGUUUCUGCACUGGAGCAAUGAGUUAUGGGUCAAUAUCAUUGGAGGCUCAUACAACUCUUGCUAUUGCAAUGAACAGAAUUGGGGGAAAGUCGAAUACAGGUGAGGGAGGUGAGCAGCCAUCUCGCAUGGAGCCUCUUCAAGAUGGUUCAAGAAACCCUAAGAGAAGUGCAAUUAAGCAGGUUGCAAGUGGAAGAUUUGGGGUCUCAAGUUAUUAUCUCUCAAAUGCUGAUGAACUACAGAUAAAAAUGGCCCAGGGAGCAAAGCCUGGAGAGGGUGGUGAACUUCCUGGACACAAGGUCAUUGGUGACAUUGCUGUCACUAGGAACUCCACUGCUGGGGUGGGACUAAUUAGCCCACCGCCACACCAUGAUAUCUAUUCAAUUGAAGAUCUUGCUCAAUUGAUUCAUGAUCUUAAGAAUGCGAAUCCAGGGGCUCGAAUAAGUGUGAAGUUGGUGUCAGAAGCUGGUGUUGGGGUGAUUGCAAGUGGUGUUGUAAAAGGGCAUGCCGAUCAUGUUUUGAUCUCUGGUCAUGAUGGGGGUACAGGAGCCUCAAGAUGGACUGGCAUCAAGAAUGCUGGACUUCCAUGGGAACUUGGUCUUGCUGAGACCCAUCAGACUUUAGUUGCAAAUGAUCUUCGUGGUCGGACAGUUCUGCAGACAGAUGGCCAGUUGAAGACUGGAAGAGAUGUGGCUGUAGCUGCACUGCUUGGUGCAGAGGAGUUUGGUUUCAGUACUGCUCCCCUAAUAACACUGGGAUGUAUCAUGAUGCGAAAAUGCCAUAAAAACACCUGUCCUGUGGGAAUUGCAACUCAAGAUCCUGUUCUUCGUGAAAAGUUUGCUGGGGAACCAGAGCAUGUAAUAAAUUUUUUCUUCAUGCUAGCAGAAGAACUAAGGGAGAUCAUGUCUGAGCUUGGUUUUCGAACUCUUAAUGAAAUGGUCGGGCGUUCAGAUAUGCUUGAGCUGGAUAAAGAUUUAGUCAAGGAUAAUGAAAAACUGAAGAACAUUGAUCUCUCCUUGCUACUCCAACCAGCUACUGAUAUCCGACCAGAGGCUGCUCAAUAUUGUGUGCAGAAACAAGAUCAUGGCUUGGACAUGGCUUUAGAUAACAAAUUAAUAGCAUUGUCGACUUCUGCAUUAGAGAGAAGUCUUCCUGUAUACAUUGAAUCUCCAAUCAUCAAUGUAAACCGGGCAGUUGGCACCAUGCUUAGCCAUGAAGUAACCAAGCGUUAUCACCUUGAUGGGUUGCCUGCUGACACAAUUCAUAUAAAACUCAGCGGAAGUGCAGGACAGAGUCUUGGAGCUUUUCUAUGUCCUGGCAUCACCCUUGAGCUUGAAGGUGAUAGCAAUGACUAUGUGGGUAAGGGGUUGUCAGGUGGCAAGAUUAUUGUUUAUCCUCCAAAAGAAAGCACAUUUGACCCCAAGGAGAACAUUGUAAUUGGAAAUGUUGCUCUCUAUGGGGCAACAAAGGGGGAGGCCUACUUUAAUGGGAUGGCUGCAGAAAGAUUUUGUGUUCGAAACUCAGGGGCCAAGGCCGUUGUAGAGGGUGUUGGUGAUCAUGGCUGUGAAUACAUGACAGGUGGAAUAGUAGUUGUACUUGGGAAAACUGGCCGCAACUUUGCUGCUGGAAUGAGUGGUGGAGUUGCAUAUGUCCUUGAUGUGGAUUCGAAGUUCAGGUCACAUUGCAAUACUGAGUUAGUUGACCUUGAUAGAGUUGAAGAUGAAGAUGAUAUUAUGAUGCUUAAGAUGAUGAUACAACAACACCAGCGCAAUACAAACAGCAGUCUUGCAAAGGAAGUUCUUGCUGAUUUUGACAAUUUAUUACCCAAAUUUAUCAAGGUCUUCCCAAGAGAUUAUAAGCGGGUUCUUGCAAGCAUGAAAGAAGCAGAAGCUAGCAAAAAAGCAGUGGAGAUUGCAGCUGUGGAAUCCGAAGAGAAAGAAGAAGCAGAGUUGAAGGAGAAAGACGCCUUUGAAGAGCUGAAGAAAUUGGCAGCUGCAUCCUCAAAUGGGAAAGCAAGCCAGGUUGAAGAAGUGGAACCUGUGAAGAGGCCAACCCAAGUUGUCAAGGCAAUCAAACAUCGAGGUUUUGUUGCUUAUGAGCGAGAAGGAAUUUCGUAUAGGGACCCAAAUAUUCGCAUGGGAGACUGGAAAGAGGUCAUGGAAGAGACUAAACCUGGUCCACUUCUGAAAACACAGUCUGCACGCUGUAUGGACUGUGGGACUCCAUUUUGUCAUCAGGAGAACUCUGGCUGUCCUCUAGGGAAUAAAAUACCAGAAUUCAAUGAGUUGGUGUACCAAAACAGAUGGCGGGAAGCACUGGAUAGGCUUUUGGAGACUAAUAACUUUCCAGAAUUCACUGGACGUGUAUGCCCUGCACCUUGUGAGGGAUCUUGUGUACUUGGUAUCAUAGAAAACCCUGUCUCUAUUAAAAGCAUUGAAUGUGCUAUAAUUGACAAAGCUUUUGCGGAAGGAUGGAUGGUGCCGCGACCUCCUGUCAAGAGAACUGGAAAAAGAGUUGCCAUUGUUGGGAGUGGACCAGCUGGUUUGGCAGCUGCCGAUCAGUUGAAUAAGAAAGGUCAUACUGUGACAGUUUUUGAACGUGCUGAUCGAAUUGGUGGUCUUAUGAUGUAUGGAGUCCCCAACAUGAAGGCAGACAAAACUGAUGUAGUUCAGAGACGGGUAGACCUAAUGGAAAAGGAAGGUGUUAACUUUGUUGUAAAUGCUAAUGUUGGAAACGAUCCUUCGUUCUCCCUUGAUCGGCUUCGAGAGGAGCAUGAUGCAAUUAUUUUAGCUGUAGGAUCAACAAAACCAAGGGACCUUCCUGUUCCUGGACGAGAACUAUCUGGAGUCCAUUUUGCUAUGGAGUUCCUCCACGCAAAUACUAAAAGCUUGCUUGAUAGCAAUCUAGAGGAUGGUAAUUACAUCUCUGCCAAGGGCAAGAGGGUGGUAGUUAUUGGUGGGGGUGACACGGGCACAGAUUGCAUAGGAACUUCAAUUCGUCAUGGCUGUAGUAGCAUAGUGAAUCUAGAGCUUCUCCCCCAGCCUCCGGAGACUAGGGCUCCAGGCAACCCUUGGCCGCAGUGGCCUCGUAUAUUCCGUGUGGAUUAUGGGCAUCAAGAAGCUGCUACGAAAUUUGGUGAGGACCCAAGGACCUACGAGGUGCUAACAAAGCAGUUCGUUGGAGAUGAAAGUGGAGUGGUUAAAGGUGUUGAAAUUGUUAAAGUGAAAUGGGAAAAGGAUGCUAGUGGGAGAUUUCAAUACAAGGAAGUAGAAGGCCCUACGGACAUUAUUGUAGCCGAUCUGGUUUUGCUUGCAAUGGGUUUCCUUGGUCCAGAACCAACCAUAGCUAAACAACUGGACAUGGAGACAGACAGCCGGUCAAACUUUAAGGCCGAAUAUGGACGCUUUGCUACGAGUGUGGAAGGUGUGUUUGCAGCUGGCGACUGCCGGCGAGGCCAGUCUCUAGUAGUGUGGGCGAUUUCAGAGGGGCGACAAGCAGCUGCACAGGUUGACAAAUACCUGAUGCAAGACGAAGAAGACUCUACUAGCGAGGUUGAGCAGACGCCCGACAAACAGACGGUAGUUACAUAAAUUAUUAUUGUUUCACGUUUGGAAUUGGAGAACUGGUGAUUGUUAUUGGGGUUAGAAUUUUGGAAGUUUUUAGUGAUUGGGGUUUAGAAUUUUGAAAGUUGUUAGUGAUUGUGCUAGGUUGUUUUGUGGUCAUAUAUAUUUUGUUAAUACGUUGCCUGUUGCCUGUGGUUUCAAGGGCGGGCAGCCAGCCAGGCCUAGCAGGAAUAAAUGUACAGAUUUGUUUUUUUUAAGAAUUGUUGCAAUCCCAAUUAUGAUAUUGGAUAGUUGUGUUUUCAUUUGUGUUUUUGAUUGAUGAUAGUUAAAUGA